AUGGACAUGAAAGAACCAGUAACCUCAAAAGACAUCCAGAGCCUUACUGGCAAGGUGGCAACCUUGACCAGGUUCAUCUCUAAGGCCACAGACAAAUGUGCUCCUUUUUUCAAAGCACUUAAGGGAAGUAAGAAGUACAUUACGUGGACCAAUGAAUGUGAAGCAUUUAAGUACCUCAAGGAGUACAUGAGUAAAGCCCAUCUGCUUUCCAAACCUGAAGUUGGCAACAUCCUAAUUGUCUAUCUAUCUGUCUCAACUUCAGUAGUUAGUUCCGUCCUCAUUCGUAGGGAUGGUAAUAUCAAACGACCUGUCUACUACUCUAGCAAGGCUCUACAAGAUGCGGAGACACGAUACUCCAACAUUGAGAAAUUAGCUCUAGCAUUAGUCAUGUCUGCUCGGAAACUUUGCCCUUACUUCCAAGCACACUCCAUCAUCGUGUUUACCAAUCAUCCCCUUCGACAAAUACUUCAGAGUCCUGACACUUCGGGGCGAAUGAUCAAAUGGGCCAUAGCACUGGGAAAGUUUGACAUCUUCUACCACCCAAAGCCAGCUAAAAAGGGCCAAGCAGUUGUAGAUUUCAUCGCCGAAUUCACUUAUCCCGUUAACAUUUCUCCUACACCUGAGGCAGCGGCUUCAUCACCCCUGGAAACCCGAAAGGUAGAACUAACACUCCCAGUAUGGACUUUAUAUGUUGAUGGCUCAUCCAACCAACAGGGCUGUGGAGCAGGACUAGUCCUGACUACCCCCGACAAAGUGGCAAUGGAGUAUGCUCUUCGCUUCAAAUUCAAGGUGUCAAACAAUGAGGCCGAAUAUGAGACCCUUUUAGCAGGCUUACGUUUGGCCAAACACCUUGGAGUUAAACAAAUUAAUAUCUUCAGUGACUCCCAAUUGGUGGUUAACCAGGUCACGAACAACUUUGACGCUAAGGAUAACUCCAUGGCAGCGUACCUUGCACAAACACAUCUUUUGCUCAAGCAUUUCCACUACCAGAUCACCCAAGUCCCUCGAACGGCAAACAGUCAUGCAGACGCUUUGGCUCACCUCACCUCAGCAGUGGAAAACAAGAUUGGGAGAAAAAUUCAUGUCGAACUGUUGGUAACACCAAGCAUCAUGGUCGCAGAAGUGUGCAACUUGCAACAGGGGAAUAGCUGGAUCACCCCAAUUUAUAAAUACCUUGUUCAUGGCACCUCCCAAAUGAUAAAGUCUAAGCUAAGCAGAUUUGAUACAAGUCUACCCGCUACCUGA